CCUUCUCUCUCUCGCUUCCCGUGUCUCCCUUUGCACGCUUUUCUUUUUCCCCUUCCGCAAGUAUCGCUGUUGAAGCCAGGAUACGGCUACGGCUCGACCACGAGACGCUAUGGGAUUCGGAUUCGAAUUCGACCCUUAGCACGACGCUUCCGAAUUGUCAUUCAUUCAUUUGGGUUAGCGGAAAAACACCAUCAGAAACAUCACUAUCCAGGAACUGCCUAGUCACCGACGGCGCCAUCACCAUUGCGUCAUCUUUCUUUUUACACUCCAUUUCUUCAAGCUAACCACGAUGGCUUCGCACGACUCUGAAAGAGACCUCCCCAUCCCACUCCCUUCACCACUCCAAUCCCAUCCGCCAGACUUCCCGACCGACUCCCACGCCGACACCGACCCAGCUCCAGUCUCUCCCAUAUCCUCCAUAUUCCCAAUGUCUACAGUUCCAACGUGGCCGGGAUUCGGAGCAGGCCUUAGGAUGGUCAGCCCCAGUCCCCCGCCCACGGCCGUCUACCCACGACCACUCCCAUCGCUUCCAUCCCUCGAUACAUCUCCAGAGGCAGCUAGACAGGAGCCCGCAUAUGUCACGAGGACCCGCCUCCGAGUCGAGCGCCGCAUCCGCUACCUCCCCGAAUGGGAAACCCCCCGAAACCCACCCAAGCGCAGCAAGCUACAGCAGACGCGCAACCUACUAUCGUCCAUUCCCUUCUUCGAAGCGAGGAAGCAGCCGAGUUUUGUCAAGAAGCAGCAUAAGCCGCGCUCCAUGUCAAUUCCUUCGUUGUUCAGUUUGAUGGACCCGCCGGUUGUGGAGGAGAAAGAUGAGGCGAUGCCUCCCAACGACCAGCAUGGGGCGAAUAAUGCGGGCUGGAGAAAGAGUUUGGGAUUUGGGUAUGGGAAGAAUAGCUCUGCGGGCUUGGAUGUGGAACGACAUGGUGAGGGCGGGAUAGUGCCGACGCAUACGGUUACGACGCUGGGAAGCAUUCCGAAUCCGCCGCCACCGCCGAGACUCACAGAGAAGGAGAGGAUGAGGAGUUGGGUCAAUCGGAGGUUGUUGCCGCCUGAGAAGCAGUACCCUCUUGGUUUGAACAGGCGGCGGUUCUGUUUUUUCGUUCUUCUGCCACUUCUGUUGCUCUUGCUGCUCGGAUUGGCACUCGGCCUUGGAUUGGGACUCGGACUCAAGCACAAUGACGACGACAGCAACCUCCCAAUCCCCCCUCCCCUCGGUGAAGACCCCCCGAUGGCGAUUCAUCAAGCCACCUUCAAUCAUUAUUCUCCCUCCAACGGCACCGGCGCUUGCGGCUACAACAUCACUAACGACGAGGUCGUCGUCGCCAUCUCGUACAAAAUCUGGGACGAGGCUGCCAAACGUGCUGCCUCCCUUCUCCCGCAAGAACUUCAGGACAGUUCUCUGAACCCGGAUCCAAACACGAACCCGCUUUGUGGAAAGGUGAUCUGGCUAGGACGAAACGACGACCUUGAGAAUAGGGAUAACUGGAUUCAAGCGAGAGUAGCCGACAGAUGCGCGCCAGAGAGAUGUCCGGAGGGGGAGGAUCUAGAUUUGACCGCGGGAGCAUUCGAGGCUGUGUACAGUUCGAGUCUCGGAAGCGCGAAUUCGGAUGCGGGAGAAGAGCAAGAUGGAGGAAGGGAAGGAUGGUGGGUUUGGGAUGCUGAGGCAGAUGUACGCGAGUAAGAUUUGGGUUUACGAGGUAUGAUUAUGGGAUAUGGAUUAUGUGAUAUGGUUACGGAAUAUGGCGCAUGGCAUUGGCUUGGGGGGUGGUUAUCAA